CCCCCCCCCUCCUCUUAUCUUUCUUCUGCAAAGACACCACAUUUCAUUGACUUCCUAUCAUACUCUUACCAAAAAAAUAGCUCUAUUUUCUUCCUUCAUCUAAUUUUUUUUUCUUCAAAUUGUUGAUAAUUAAAUUGAAUUAGAAGAAGAGAAGGUGGUAGUGGGCUAGUAGUCAUGGAGGAUUGAUUACUCAUUCUUGAUGUAAUUUCAAUGACUUUUUAACCUACCAUUAAUUUCAUUUUUGAUUCUUGGUAAGGAUAAAGUUGCGUACACGCCACCUUCCUUAAAUUCCACAUGUGAAAUUACAAUAUGUUGAAGAUGGUCGUGGGCUAGUAGUCAUGGAGGAUUACUCAUUCUUGAUGUAAUUUUAAUGACAUUUUAACCUACCAUUAAUUUCAACUUUUGGUUGUUGUUCGUAUCAGUUCUGAAUUGGCCGUUCUAACUUCUGGAGAAGACUUCUAAAGGAAUCGUUCUCAGUCUGUCCCUAGUUGCCACUCGAUAACCCGUUCUCAUUACAGUUCAAUCUUUAAGGUAUUAAAUUUGCAGGAAAAAUCAAAGGAAAGGUUAGAGAAAAUGGACGGUCGUGAUCGAGUUAUAAGGCGAAGAAAGAGUUUGAUUGAACGGCUAGGAUUAAAAGGUAUAGGAUGUUGUGGGUCCACUUGGGGUAUCAUGUCAUCAACAACAUUUAAUGUCGUCAAUGACGAAAACAAUGAUGUGGAUGUGAUGAGUCAUCACAUCCACACACCGUCAGAAACACCUACGGCGUGUUUGGCGGUGGGAGGAGGAAGUUCUGGGAUGAACUUGGCGGCUGCAUUGGCCGCCGAACGCCACUUCAGAGACAGCAAUGAAGUCGACAACAUUUUAGGCUUGAGGCCCAACUCAGACUCAGGUUCGGGCCCAUUGAGGCCCCAUGAAGGCCACUUCAGAGACACUGAAGUGGACAAUAUUUCAAGCUUGAGACCUAGCCCAGACUCAAGUUCAGGCCCAUUGAGGCUUGAUGAAGGCCACUUUAGAGACAAUGAAGUGGACAACAUUUCGAGCUUGAGACCAGUAUUAGACUCAGGUUCGGGCCUAUUAAGGCCCGAUGAAGGUGUCCCGAGGACACCAAGGAGAAUGUCAUUGAUGAGGUUGUUAGAGGAGACAGAAGUUUAUGAAGGAGAAUUAUUGAAGGAGGAGGAGGGGGGUGGGGUGGGGGUGGGGGUGGGGGUGGGUAGUGAUAGUGUGUGUUGUGUGUGCAUGGUAAGGAGAAAAGGAGCAGCAUUUAUACCAUGUGGUCACACAUUUUGCAGGGUGUGUUCAAGAGAACUUUGGGUAAAUCGAGGUUGUUGUCCACUUUGUAAUAGAUCCAUUCUUGAAAUUCUAGACAUUUACUAAGUAAAAAGAGAAAAAAGAAUCCAAUGCUUUAGUCACUAGAGAUUUGUGAAAUCCAAGUGAACUAUGUUAAAAGUCUGAUUGUUUUGUGUAGUGUGACUGUAGUAUUAUAUUAUUAUCUGUUGUUACUAUCUA